AUGCUGCACGAGCGGUGUCAUGAGGACUGCCUGGUGUGCUCGGGGAGUGCAGAGCAGUGUGAGGUGUGUCGUGACCCCUCAGCCCUGCUGCUGCAUGGCCGCUGUCUCCUGUCCUGUCCCCCCCGCUACCACGCCCUGGGCAGGGGGUGUGCAGCCUGCCAGUCUUCCUGCGCCACCUGUGAGAGCAGCUUUGAGUGCAGCAGCUGUGGGGGGUCGUCUGUGCUGAGCAGCAGGCAGUGUGUGAACACCUGUGAGCCAGGCUUGUACCGGGACCACACACGCUGCCUGCGUUGUCAUGAGUCAUGUUCAGAGUGUGUUGGGCCGGGUCCAGAGGAGUGUGUGUCCUGUUCCUCCCCAGCCCUCCUGCUAAGAGAGGGUGUGUGUGUCUCAGACUGUGGACCAGGCUUCUACACGCAGAGAGGCAUCUGCUAUGCCUGCGACCCCUCCUGCGCCUCCUGUUACCCUGACAACCCCAAGUGCAUGAGCUGCCCCCCAGGUUUUGCCUUGCAUCAUGGGAAAUGUGUUUCCGACUGUCUUGAAGGGCAUUACCUUGAAAGUGACAGCAGGUGUAGAGCUUGUCCAGGUUCCUGCUCCUCCUGCUCUGGACCCGGGGGCUCCCAGUGCUCGCGCUGCCCAGACGGACGCUCCCUCAGUGGGGGCCGCUGUGUGGAGGCCUGCGGAGAGGGGCUGUAUCCUCAGGACGGGGCCUGCCACAGCUGCCAUGUGUCCUGCCGGGUGUGUCUGGGUCCCGGCCCGUCUGGCUGUCUGGCCUGCAGGAAGCCAGAGGAGGCUCUGCUGCCCCAGGGUGCUGCUGGGGGUGGGGGUGUGUGUGUGUCGGGUUGCACCGCACGCCACUACCUGGACGCGUCACACACCUGCCGAGAAUGUCACACUUCCUGUCUUCAGUGCAUGGGAGGAAGUGCCCACAACUGUACUUCCUGCUCUGCACCCUUCAUCCUCCACGAUGACCAAUGUGUCUCUGAGUGCCCCCAAGGCUUCCACGUCCAGGACAACACCUGUCUAGCAUGCCACCCCUCCUGCCCGUCCUGCUCCGGGCCCUCCCAGGCGGACUGCCAGGCCUGCGCUCCCCAGAGCUCCCUCCACAGCGGAUACUGCAGGACGCGCUGCCCCGAGGGACACUACCUCGGCCCUGCUGGGUCCUGCCAAGCCUGCAGUGAGGGCUGCCAGCGCUGCACAGCCGACCUCCAGACCAGGGUAGGCAGCGUGUGUCUGUGGUGCCAGGUGCCCAGGACCCUGUUGCUGGGCGACCACUGUGUCUCCGCCUGCCCCCCGGGGCGCUACGCCUGGCACGGAGCCUGCCGGAGAUGCCAUCCUUCCUGUGAGGCCUGCAGCGGGGAGGGGCCUCUGUCCUGCACUUCCUGUCCCACCCCCAUGGUCCUCCUGCCCUCUGGGCUCUGCUCUGCCAGCUGUCCCAGGGGUUACUAUGCCAACGGAGACAGAGUCUGCAAUGCGUGUGACACCCCGUGCCUGAGCUGUGAGGCUGCGGGGGCUUGCCGGUCCUGCAGGGAUCCGUCCCAGGUGCUGCUGUUUGGGGAGUGUCAGGACAGCUGUGCCCAGCAGUACUACCUCAACACCACCACCAGAGCCUGCACAGAGUGUGACUGGAGCUGUAACUCCUGCAGGGGUCCCCUGGUGUCAGACUGUCUGCAGUGUAUGGAGGGGCUGGUUCUGCAGGAGGGAAUGUGUUCCCAGGCCUGCUCUCCUGGAUCCUACCAGCACGGGGACACCUGCCUGCGCUGUGAGGAGGACUGUGAGCAGUGUCAGGGUCCAGGUGUCUGUGAGCGCUGCCGUGCCCCCCUCAUGCUGCGGCUGGGCCGCUGUGUGGCAGGCUGCGGCAGGAACUUCUUCCUAGAUGCUUCCAUGCAACUUUGCACACCCUGCGCCAAGGACUGUGUGGAGUGUGAGGAGGAGGAUCUCUGCAGGGUGUGUCGUUACCAUGCCUACCUGAGAGACGGACGCUGCGUCCCUGACUGCGGACGCGGUUACUAUGCCGACAAGAAGACCAUGACCUGCUAUGUUAACACCCACGCCCCCACCCUCCGUGUGAACGGCACCUUGCUGGUGCCCCUUGAGGGGAUGGUGCCCCUGCCCCCCUCCCUGCUGUCUACCCAGGGCCCCCCCGGGCCCCCCGGGCCCCUGUUACUCCAGCUGCUGCAGCCCCCCAGCAGUGGGCGCCUGGUCGUGGUGGACGGGGGCGGGGAGCGCCCACUGGCGCGGGACGACAGUUUCUCCUGGGCCCAGCUGCAGGGGGGGGCGGUGCGCUUCAGCCAGGACAAGGACAAGCCCAGGAGUGGGGAGUUCACCCUUCGUGUUGCAGAUCUCCAGCCCUCCUCCCCGGCUCAGACUGUCCAUGUGCAGGCAGUGUCCAUGCAGCCUCCCCAGGUCCUCUCCCUGCGCCCCCUGGAGGUGGGGGUGGGCCAGGCGGCUGUGUUGUCCCGGGCCGUGCUGCAGGUGCAGGACCCUGACAAUCCCCAGGAGGUCCUGGUGAUGGUGCUCACCCCUCCCCGCCACGGACGCAUCAGCCGUCUCCACGGCGAGCGUCUCCACGGCGAGCGUCCGCUGGGCCGCUUCAGGCUGGAGGAUCUGAGCGGGGAGCGCCUGCAGUACAUCCACCAGGGCUCGCAGCCCGGCAACGACUCAGCUCUGCUGCAGGUCAACGACGGGCACAGCUACCUCAACAUCCUGCUGCUGGUGGACAUCACCCAGAAGGACGCGCCCCCUCCUCGGCUGGUGUCGCUGCCCCAGGCGUGGGUGCGUGCGGGGGGCCAGGUGCGUCUGGGCAGCAGGUACCUGCGGGCAGAGAGCCAGGGAGCAGGACAGCAGGACAUCCUGUACAGCAUCGUGUCUCCCGGCGGCAGCCCCACCUACGGUGAGGUGGUGCUGGUGCCUGUCCCCUCUGACGGACCUGUGGAGGGGUGGCAGCCCUCAGCGGAGGACAGCACCUCCACCCCCACCAGCUCCUUCACCCAGCAGGACGUGAACGAGGGCCGGGUGUGGUACCGCCACCACGGCCCCGGGCCCCGCCCAGACACCUUCCUGUUCCAGGUGUCCACCGAGGGCUCUCCCGACUCUCUGAGCGACGCCCAGUCCUUCACGGUGAGCGUCCUGGCCCAGACCCCUGGACACCCUCAGCUGGCCCCCAGCUGUGACCUGCAGCUCACGGCCCUGGAGGACCGUGUGACAGUGAUCACUCCAGCAGCUCUGUCCUUCCUGGACACUGACUCUCCUAGUGAGAAGCUGCUCUACAACAUUACCAAGCCCCUGACCCCCAGCCACGGUGUGGUGGAGCACAGAGACAAACCCUACAGAGCCGUGCGAUCCUUCAGCCAGGAGGACAUCAAUCAGGGCAGGAUCCAGUACCGCCCUCCCCCAGCCCCCGCACACCUCCAGGAGCUCUACCAGUACUCCUUCAUAGGUCUCCCAGAGUCCCUGAAUGUCUAUUUCACAGUGUCUGAUGGGGACCACACCAGUCCAGAGCUGGACUUCUCCAUCCACCUGCUGGCCAAUCAUCAGCAGCCUCCUGUCUUCCUGAUCCUGGACCCCCUGCUGGAGGUUAGCCCUGGGGGCACAGCAGCCCUUGGAGGACAGCAGCUGGCUGUAUCAGAUGCAGAUACGUCUCCAGAUGAGCUGCAGUUUGAGCUGGCGGAGGCUCCACUCCACGGGACCCUGUUCAACACACACCUGCACACAGAGAUGAGGAGUGGCGACACCUUCUCCUUCAGUGACGUGACCCGGGGGGUCCUGCAGUACCGCCAUGCCGGCCGCUCCCACGACGACGACACCAUCACUGUCUCUGUAAGCGAUGGUGUGUCCAUGGUGACGGGCGUGGUGCAGGUGCUGGUGCAGGGGGGUGGGGGGGGCGGGCCGAGGAGAGACCCCCACGCCCGACUGAGUCUGGAGGUGGAGGAGAGGAGCAGCACCGUCAUCACACACACACACCUGGCCUACACCGACGACAGCUCGUCGUCUGAGCAGGUCUGGGUGCAGCUGGUGUCGGUGCCCAUGUACGGCCUGCUGACCCUCACGGUGAGAGGAUCCCCCCAGGAGCUGGCAGAGUCCUCCAGUUUCACCAUGCAGGACAUCCAGUUGCAACGCAUCCGGUACGUCACCUCCUUCGGCACAGGGAACCAGCCAGUCACAGACAUCUUCCACUUUGUGGUGUUCGACGCAGACAAAAAUCGCCUGGACAACCAGAUGUUCACCAUCACUAUCACGUCCAAGCCCAGCCAGCCACCUGUGGUCACAGUACGCAGUGGCAUGAAGGUCCAGGAAGGGGGGAGGGUUCAGCUGUCCACCAAUCACAUCCUGGUGUCCGAUGUGGACACACCCAGGAGUGAGCUGCUGGUGUGGAUGGUCAGUCCUCCCAAGUACGGCCACAUCGAGACCACACACACAGGGGGCUCUCAGGGUGGAGCACGCGUCAUCACCCCGGAGGGCCCGUUCUCGGUGGAGGAGCUGAUGUCAGACUCCAUCUUCUACGUCCAGGACGCCCAGCGGAGCGCCCGCCAGGACUCAGUCAAAUUCUACAUCAGCGACGGCUCCAGCCAGACCGAGGCCUUCAGCAUCCUGAUGGACAUUCAGAGCCAGGAGGACAGGCAGCCUGUGGUGUCUGUGAGCAGUGUUCAUGUAGAGGAGAACUCCGGGGUGGUCAUCACCAACUCCUCCUUCCACGUCCUGGACCAGGACACUCCUGACAACGAGAUCGUCAUCACCAUCACCAAGAAACCCUCCUAUGGGAAGCUGCGGCGGCGGCAGUUCUACUCCCAGCCCCUGCUGGCAGGCCGCGUGCUGCCCCAGGGGGCCUCCUUCUCCUACCAGGACGUACUGGACCACCUGCUGGUGUACACGCCCGACACCGCCAGUGGGGGCAGUGACCAGCUGGGCUUCUCCUUGACCGAUGGGGUCCACACCGAGACAGGGACCCUGGAGUUCACCAUGGACCUGACGAGGAGCGAGGGACCACGCAUGACCAUUAACCGCGGCCUGCAGCUGGCCUCAGGCUCGUCCUCCAAGAUCACUGAGCAGAACCUGAGGGGGACGGACGUGGACUCAGACAGCCUGAAGCUGUCGUACGUUCUGACGCAGGACCCGUCCGCUGGACGUCUGGUACUGGGGCGGAGUGGCCGCCAGGAGCCCAUCUCCACCAGCAGAACCCUGCGCAGCUUCACCCAGCAGGACAUCAACAAAGGCCUGCUGGAGUACAGACAUGAGAAGGGUGAGCCAGGAGGAAGUGUCUCCUUCAGGUUUGACCUGGUGGACCCAGACGGCAACAAGCUGCUCGACCAGUCUUUCAUCAUCAGUGUGCUUGAGGACCGUCUCCCCCCCUCGGUGCUGGUGAACAAGGGUCUGGUCCUGGAGGAGAACUCUGUGAAGAAGCUGACCACACAGCAGCUGUCGUCCAGCGACCAGGACAGUGAGCCCAGCGAGCUGCUGUACCGCGUCACCCAGCAGCCAGCUCUGGGACGCCUGGAGCAUGUUGGGAACCCAGGAACUGGCAUCAGCAGUUUCACGCAGGCUGACCUGGCGUCUCGAGGGGUCCAGUACGUUCACACCAGUGAAGAGGAGAAGCACGCCGAUGAGUUCUCCUUCACCGUGUCGGACGGAGUCAACGAGGUGUCCCAGACGUUCUCCAUCACGCUGCGUCCGGUGGACGACUCCCUGCCACUGCUGCACAUCCCGGGGAUGAGGGUGCAGGAGGGCGUGAGGAAGACCAUCACAGAGUUUGAGCUGAAGGCCACAGACGCAGACACAGAGGAGGACUCUAUCAUCUUCAUGGUGGUCCAGGCCCCGCGCCACGGCACCAUCGAGCGGACCAGCAGCGGGCAGCACUACAGGCAGACCAGCAGCUUCUCCAUGGAGGACGUGUACCAGAACCGCGUCAGCUACAACCACGACGGCAGCAACUCCCUCAAGGACCACUUCAGCUUCACUGUGGCCGACGGCACCAACGACUUCUUCAUGGUGGAGGAGGAUGGGAAGGAGGUCAUGACAGCUGCUCCUCAGAAGUUUAAGAUUGAGAUUCUUCCCGUUGACGAUGGCACCCCUCGUAUCGUUACCAACCUGGGCCUGCAGUGGCUGGAGUACAUGGACAACAAGGCCACCAAUCUGAUCUCCAAGAAGGAGCUGCUGACCAUGGACCCAGACACGGAGGAUGGCCAGCUGGUGUACCAGGUCACCACCGAGCCCAAACAUGGCUUCCUGGAGAGCAAGCUCAAACCUGGCGCCCCCAUCUCCACCUUCACUCAAGCCGACAUCAACCUGGGCCUGGUGCGCUACGUGCUGCGUCAGCAGGGCUCCCAGGAGACCAUGGACCUGUUCAGGUUCCUGGUGAAGGACAGCAAGCCCAACGUGGUCCAAGACAACGUGUUUCACAUCCAGUGGUCCCUCAUCAGCUUCCAGCACAAGAGCUACAACGUGAGUGAGAAGGCCGGCACGGUGGCGGUGACGGUGAAGCGGACAGGGAACCUGAACCAGUACGCCAUCGUGCUGUGCCGUACGGAGCAGGGCAGCGCCACCACAGGCCUGGGAGCCCGGCCCGGACAGCUGGACUACGUAGAGUAUGCUGGGCAGGUGCAGUUUGAUGAGCGUGAGGACACCAAGGUGUGCACCAUCAUCAUCAAUGACGACCAGGUGUUCGAGGGCGUGGAGAGCUUCCAGGUGGAGCUGAGCUUGCCUGCGUACGCACUGCUGGGUCAGGUGACGCGUGCCAGCGUCCUCAUCAACGACACAGAGGACGAGCCCACGCUGCAGUUCCACAAGAAGACCUUCCACGCCAACGAGAGCUCUGGCUUCAUCCACGUCCCUGUGGAGAGGACAGGUGACACGUCCAGCACGGUGUCGGCUCUGUGCUACACGGUGGGUCAGUCUGCCCAGGGCAGCAGCCUGCAGGGCCUGGAGUCUGGCUCCGACUUCCAGACCCGCGGCAUGACCCGGGACAGCCGCCUCAUCUUCGGCCCCGGCAUCAGCAUGUCCACCUGCGACGUGCGGCUGGUGGACGACAGCGAGUACGAGCUCUCAGAGGAGUUUGAGCUCGUGCUGGCAGACGCCUCCGACAACACCCGCAUGGGCGACAUCACCGUGGCCACGGUGGUCAUCGACGGGCCCAACGACGCCUCCACCGUCUCCCUCGGCAACGCCACAUUCACGUUCAGCGAGGAUGCCGGCACCAUCGAGAUCCCGGUGCUGCGUCAGGGCAGCGACGUCUCCUCGCUGGCGUCGGUGUGGUGUGCCACGCGCCCCUCCAGCCCCCCUUCUGCCACCCCCGGGGUCGACUACAUCCCCAGCUCCAAGAAGGUGGAGUUCAGACCCGGCACAACACAGGAGACGUGCAGCCUCACCAUCGUGGACGACAUCCAGAGCCCGGCCAUCGAGGGCUCAGAGUCCUUCAUCGUGUUCCUCAGCUCUCCACAGGGCGCCGUGCUGCUGGAGCCGUCACAGGCUGACGUCGUCAUCACAGACUCCUUCCAGGACAUUCCCAGCAUGCAGUUUGAGAAGACGUCGUACGUGGUGAAGGAGAGGGACAGCGUGCUGCACAUCCCCGUCCUGCGCUCCGGGGACCUGGCCGUCACCUCCUCCGUGCGCUGCUUCACACGCACCUCCUCCGCCAUGGUGAUGGACGACUUCCAGGAGAGGAGGAACGCUGACGAGUCUCGCAUCACCUUCCUGAAGGGGGAGAAGGUGAAGAACUGCACUGUCCACAUCAACGAUGACUCUGUCUUCGAGCCCGAGGAGGAGUUCCAGGUGCAUCUUGGGACGCCACUGGGAGACCACUGGACUGGCGCCAUGGUGGGCGUUAGCGAUGUUGUCACGGUGACCAUCACCAACGACGAGGACGCGCCCACCGUCCAGUUUGAGCAGGCGUCCUACCAGGUGCGUGAGCCCCCUGGGCCGGAUGGCGUGGAGGUACUCAGCAUCAAGGUGUUCCGGCGGGGAGACCAAGACCGCACCUCCAAGGUGCGCUGCAGCACUAGGGACGGCUCCGCACAGUCAGGCAUCGACUACAACCCCAAGAGCCGCGUGCUGAAGUUCACGCCGGGAAUGGACCACAUCCUGUUCAAGGUGGAGAUUCUGUCCAAUGAGGACCGGGAGUGGCACGAGUCCUUCUCAUUGGUCCUGGGGCCCGAUGACCCUGUGGAGGCGGUGCUUGGAGAGAUCACCACGGCAACGGUCACCAUCCUGGACCAGGAGGCUGCAGGCAGUCUCAUCCUCCCGGCGACGCCCAUCGUGGUCUCCCUCGCUGACUAUGACAGCGUCCAGGAGGGCGUCAGCGUCACCAAGGAGGGCAGUAAGAGGACUGCUUCCCCGGGGUACCCUCUGGUGUGUGUGACGCCCUGCGACCCCCACUACCCCGGGUUCCCGGUGACCCGGCAGCGCUGUGAGGAGGCCGGGAUCAACCAGACCUCCGUCCACUUCAGCUGGGAGGUGGCCGCGCCCACCGACGCCAGCGGGGCCCGCUCCCCCUUCGAGACCGUCACCGACAACACACCUUUCACCAGCGUCAAUCACAUGGUGCUGGACAGCAUCUACUUCAGCCGCCGCUUCCAUGUGCGCUGCGUGGCGCAGGCGCGGGACCGGGCGGGGCACCUGGGCACCCCGCUGAGGAGCAACAUCGCCACCAUCGGCACCGACGGCUCCAUCUGCCACACCCCCGUCACCACUGGGACUGCUCGCGGCUUCCAGGCCCAGUCCUUCAUCGCCACGCUCAAGUACCUGGACGUGAAGCACAAGGAGCACCCCAACCGGAUCCACAUCUCUGUGCAGAUCCCCCACCAGGACGGCAUGCUGCCCCUAGUGUCCACCAUGCCCCUCCACAACCUGCACUUCCUGCUGUCUGAGUCCAUCUACAGGCAGCAGCACGUCUGCUCCAAUCUGGUCACCCUCAAAGACCUGCAGGGGAUCUCUGAAGCGGGUUUCCUGGAUGACGUGUCGUUCGACAGCAUCUCUCUGGGCCCCGGUUAUGACCGGCCGUACCAGUUCAACCCCAGCGUGCGUGAGCCCCGGAGCCUUCAGCUGUACAAGCACCUCAACCUGAAGAACUGCAUCUGGACAUUCGACGCCUACUACGACAUGACUGAGCUCAUCGACGUCUGCGGAGGGUCCGUCACAGCCGACUUCCAGGUGCGUGACUCAGCCCAGUCCUUCCUGACGGUGCAGGUUCCGCUGCACGUGUCCUACAUCUACGUGACGGCGCCGCGGGGCUGGGCCUCCCUGGAGCACCACACAGAGAUGGAAUUCUCCUUCUUCUACGACACCGUGCUCUGGAGGACCGGCAUCCAGACAGACAGCGUGCUCUCAGCCAGGCUGCAGAUCAUCAGGAUCUACAUCAAGGAAGAUGGCCGACUGGUGAUAGAAUUCAAGACCCACGCCAAAUUCAGAGGUCAGUUCGUCCCAGAGCACCACACCCUGCCGGGGCACAAGUCCCAGCUGCUGGCUCCAGACCACCUGGGGGGGGUAGAGUUCCACCUGCAGCUUCUGUGGAGCGCCCAGUCCUUUGACUCUCCGUACCAGCUGUGGAGGGCUACCAGCUCGUACAGCAGGAAGGACUACUCUGGGGAGUACACCAUGUUCCUGAUCCCCUGCACGGCCCAGCCCACCCAGCCCUGGCUGGACCCGGGGGACAAGCCCCUGUCCUGCACCGCCCACGCCCCGGAGAAGUUCCUGGUGCCCAUCGCCUUCCAGCAGACCAACCGCCCGGUCCCCGUGGUCUACUCCCUCAACACAGAGUUCCAGCUGUGCAACAACGAGAAGAUCUUCAUGCUGGACCCAGCCUCAGCAGACGUGUCCAUGGCUGAGAUGGACUACAAGGGGGCCUUCUCCAUGGGUCAGACCCUGUACGGCAGGGUGCUGUGGAACCCGGAGCAGAACCUGAACGCAGCCUACAAGCUGCAGCUGGAGAAGGUGUACCUGUGUACGGGCCGAGAUGGAUACGUCCCGUUCUUCGACCCCACAGGAACCCUGUACAACGAGGGGCCUCAGUACGGCUGCAUCCAACCCAACAAGCACCUCAAACACAGGUUCCUGCUGCUGGAUCGCAAGCAGCCAGACGUGUGUGACAGGUAUUUCCACGACGUGCCCUUCGAGGCCAACUUUGCGUCGGAUGUUCCCGACCUGCAGGCCAUGACAGGCAUGCCAGGUGUGGACGGCUUCACCCUGAAGGUGGAUGCCCUGUACAAGAUGUUUGCCCCCUUAUACCCACAGUUGAAGGUGGAGGCGGGGCAUCAGUGGUACCUGCAGGUGAUCUAUGUCAUCGGGCCGGAGUCUAUAUCUGGUCCCCGGAUCCAGCGUUCGCUUAGCUACCAGCUGGCCCGUGCCCAUGGCAACACUGGUGCCCACGGCAACGGCCGCCCUCGCCGCGACCUGGUGGACCGCAGCGGGCGGCUGACGCUGGACGAGUCACUCAUCUACGACAACGAAGGCGACCAAGUGAAGAAUGGCACCAACAUGAAGACCCUCAGGCUGGAGGUGGAGGCCUCCGCGACCUUUAACCCCCAACUGGGCAGCUCUGUGGGCGGGGGCAUCGCCGCGGUGACCCUGCUGGUGCUGGUGCUGCUGGCCUUCUGCUUGCUGUUCAGGAAGUGCCGGCGGUCCGGGAGGAAGAAGAAGAGUGCUCCCAAGAUGGCGGAGGAGUACCCCCUCAACACCAAGGUGGAGGUGUGCCUGGAGAAGUGCCUGGAGAAGAACUUCAGCACCAAGCACUGCACGGUGCGCAACAUCAAUAUCCUGAACCGGACCCAGGACAUCAGCGGAAAGGUCAACGCUGGGGUCAAGAUCAAGCAGGUAAACCUGGAGGUCAAACUCCAGAACAACUUGAACGAUGGCACUGAAGUCUGAUCCAACCCUUGUAACACCUGCCGAGAACGGAGGAAGAGGAUCUUAAGUGAAAACGAGGAAAUUGUAUUUUCUAAAGCAUUGUUUGUUAUUAUGGAAUUCUUUGUUAAUGUAUUUUUAUACAAGAUUAAAAAGGGAAAGUGUCCGAGCUAUGCAGCAUCAGAAUAAUUUCACAACUGAGCUACCUCAGGAAUCAAGACAAUCCACUAUCAAACACCAAGCCCCACCAUCUUGUGAAGUUAGGUUCUACAAGCUUUUUUCCCACUUUGCCAUCCGACAACAAUUUAUUCAAGUCAGCAGAAGUGUUUUGUUCUUCGACUUGUCCUCGGUAGCUCAGGCACUUUGGCUCCAGAUCGUUUUUUGAUGAAUGGUUCAGUUUCUCAGCGUAUUUCAUUUGAGUGCCAACAAUAAUGAACCACUUUGAAAGUAUUAAGUCUGUGUGGGUUAAUGGGGUGGAAAAGGAAACCCAUUCAAGUGCAAUUCCACCAUAAUCCCUCCUCAUAUGCAGUUAUGUUCUUGAAGCCUUAUGUAUUUUUUAAACAUAUGUUACAAUGUAUUGUAGUACAAGUUUUACUUGACGCUGACCAUGAAUAACAAAAGCUGCCCAAAAGAGUGCCAUGCAGUAUUUUAUCUUUCAUGCAUUUCAAAUACCCAAACAGAUCAUCCAAAGUAUUGUUCAAGGGUGUCCAAUUUGACUCUAGGAAACAUUAUUAUUGUUGGCUAACCAUGAUGAGAAAAACAAGCAUUUUGAUUAACUGCACUUUUGAGUACUACUGGAGGUAGUGCAAUGUAUCUAACCCACUCACUCUACAAUGCUGUAACUCUAUACUGGAUAUAUUGUGGUAUUUUCUACAAUAUUCGUCUGCUGUUAUAUGCCUACAUUCUGCCAAAAGACACAAUUCCUCAGUUGUGUUUUCUCCUCAUGUACAUACCAGUUCAGUCCCACAUCAACGGUGUUCUUUUACUGACAUAGUUUCCAUUAUUAUGUUAUGUUUCAUUAUAUUGUGUAUUUUCCAAUAUUACCCUCAUAUCAUGUAUUAUGUGAACUGUAUGGUUUAUCUUCAGUUUUCUCAAUAGUCUGUUGAAUGAUCAACACAGUGUGCUUGAG